AGUUCCACCGGUAUUCGACGCGACACGUACGGCCGAUUUCGAGUCCAUAAAAGAACUACUGUUGUUUUAGGAAGGAAUAACUCUUGUCGGGAAGUCCGAAUCGUAAAUAUCGAACGACGACAGAUUCGCAUACGUAGCCGAAGGGACACGAUGAUCGCCAACUUCGUCUUGGCAUAUUUGGCUUUGAACAGCAUCGGCACUGGUAAUGCGGAUGACUUCAAAUGCCAGAAGUUUGCUGACGGGUCAGUCUAUCCAUCCAGCACCAUUGAAUCCACCAAUCACAAAUUGCAAUACACCAAAGCAUUGAUAUCAAAACCAGCUCCUGAUUGGAAAAGCACGGCCGUCAUUAAUGGUUCAUUGCAAGAGCUGAAGUUAAAAGAUUUUCGUGGGAAGUAUUUAGUGUUCUUCUUUUACCCAUUGGACUUCACAUUUGUUUGCCCAACAGAAAUAUUAGCUUUCAACGACCGCAUUGAAGAAUUUAGGAGGAUCGAUGCCGAAGUUGUUGCAGCAUCUGUGGACUCGCAUUUUACACAUUUGGCUUGGGUGAACACCCCACGAAAGGAUGGCGGUUUGGGUAAAUUGUCAAUCCCACUAUUGUCUGACAUGACUCAUAAAAUAUCUAAAGAUUAUGGUGUUUAUUUGAGUGAUGUUGGUCAUUCCCUGAGGGGAUUGUUUAUUAUAGACAAUAGAGGUAUUCUCAGACAAAUUACAAUGAAUGACCUGCCAGUCGGCCGAAGUGUAGAUGAAACUCUAAGACUAGUACAAGCAUUUCAAUACACAGAUAUGCACGGAGAAGUAUGUCCGGCUAAUUGGAAACCUGGUGAACAAACGAUAAUUCCUGACCCUAUUAAGAAGAAAGAAUACUUUGAUAGACUGAUCGAAUUAUAACCCACCUGUGUGGAGAUCUCUUAAUUGCCAAAACAUCAUUAUUUAUAAUAACCUAUUAAGCAUCACAAAGACACAAAUAUUAAAUAAUAUUAUUUUUAUUUCAACA